AUCAGGAUGUGUAACUCAUUCGAAGUGUUGCGGCACCAUAUGGUUUUUACUUGUAGUCGAAUGUUUAGAGCGUAUAUCAAAGACACAUUUCACAGUUUCUAAGGAAUGAUUCGUCUAAUUGUCAUUGAUAGACAGCUACGUAUCCUGCGUCCAAAUGAAAAAUUUCCAUCAUUUUCAUGCAGUCAAUUACUAUGCAUGUUGGCUAAAUCUGUUAUAGUUAAACUUUGUAACUUUGAAAAUCCUGGUUUUAUAUCUGUAUGCGACACAACAAGCUUGUCUCCUAAGGGAUCACUUGGCGCAUUUUCCUCCGAUAUAUCUAGCUUGCAUAAUGCAAUUGAUCACAUUGAACAGACAGCUAAGGUGAUGUUCCCUAGUGAAUUGACAGCCACAUCAAUUCUUAACAUCUUGAAAGAAGCAUAUCUGUACUAUGGACCUUGGUCAAAUAUUCAAGUUUUAUUAUUUACAGAUGGAGGAUCUUCUUACUUCACUUAUUCCUCUCUUAUUUACCCAGUAGAUUUUCCUAAAAGUCUAUUUAAUGAUACUUCAAUUUUGUUCAUUAGUUUGAGUGAUAAACAGUUAUCUAACGAUCUAAUGGAGUUACAUAAUCAAUUUCACUUGAAAUCAAUAAUUUUCGAAGCUAACAAAUACGUUUCAAAUCUUGAAACAUAUACUGUCGAAUUAUAUAUAGAUAAUUUAGCUAAACAUAUUAUUGAAUAUUGUCAACCGAAUCAAGUAAUUCCAAGUGUAAUUAUCAAUUGUGGACGUCUUCAAAGUAUGGCAGUUUUAUUACCAUCUCCAGGUGUUCAUUCAUUCACUGAAUUGAAUGAUUUGGCAAAAAAUUCACUUUGUGUGGAGAUCUUCGGUUUCCUUAAUCUCAGCGAUUUAAACAAUCCACCAGUAAAUGGACGUUUUACAGUGGUUAGUCGAACAGAUCCAUCUGAUCCUGAUCUUCUCUACCUGCUUUUGCGAUCAUUACAAAAUACAAAAACUGUUGCCAUGUGUAAUAUUUAUAUUGUAAUGAAUAAUCAAUUAACUCAGUCGAUCAAUUCAAGUACAGUUUCAGUGUUGGAUUCACACAAUUCAUCUAAACGUAAUCUUCAACAACAACAGUCUGGUAAAAAUUCACCGAAUCAUACUCUUUGGAGUCAUGGUUAUUUGCAUCAUAUUGAUAUGAAGCAAUCAAUUUUAAUGUUGUCAGUAUUUGAACGAGAAUGUACUGGUUUACCUUGGCUUGGUAAUUUUAGUCAUUUAGCACCUGUAACAGAUUUUGCCGGUUCUCAAUUAUACGAUGAUAAAAAUGAAACUUCACCAUUCCCUGUUCGAACACCGGAUCAUUUGAGUUAUAAAAUUGAUGGUUCACGUUAUGUUUCUUGGGCAUCACAGUCAGCAAUGCUUAUGGAUAUUAAUAAAGUGCUUCGAUUAAGUCGGCGCCUGCCGGAAAAAUCUGCAUUACUUUAUAAAGAAUUAAAUCGACUUCGUUCUGCAGCCACUGUUUAUGGAUGUCCAGAAUUGUUAUUACAAAUUCAUUCAAUGAUUAUGUCUAUUCAUCAUCAGUCCAGUAAUAAUAAUAAUAGUAAUGAUAAUAAUAAUAGUGAUAAUAAUACUAUUGUUACUGGAUCCGAUGAACAAACAAAAUCAUUACAAACUUGUUUAAAUAAUGUAACUGAUAUAUUACUUAAACAGGAAUCAUAUACAAAUGAUAUCUUGUCACCUGAUAAAAGAAAACUAUUCUAACUAAUGAAUUAAUGAUGAUAAUUACAUGUACAUAUCUGUAAAAAGAUAUAUAUAUAUAUAUAUAUAUAUAUAUAUAUAUAUAUAUUCUUACGAGAAGGGGUUUUGUGGAGAUUUUAGAAAUUUCACUAGUUGAAAUCAUGAGUUAAUUGAAGCUAGACCACCAUGGAAAACCUGGAAGUACUGGACGAUCGUUUCGUCCCACUACGGUCAUCCAGUGUUCCUAAGAUUUCCAUGGUGGUCUAUCUUCAAUUAACUCAUGAUUUCAACUAGUGAAAUAUAUAUUCUUGUAAACAUUUACAUUCUUAUUCAAUUUAUGUUUAGUUGUUUGAAUCUUCUCAUUGAUGUUUAGGAUUAUUACAAUUUUGAUAAAGUUUUAUUCUCUAAACUGGAUGAUUUAAUCAUGGAUAACAAUAAGAAAGCUUCAUGAUCAAACUAUUCAACUUAGAGAAUAAAACUCUAUCGAAAUCAUCGACCUGACCUACAAAUCUUCUCCACCAUCUCAUUACUAAAAUUAAUUAGUUUCUUGUACAAAUGCUGUUUUCUAUUUUAUGGUACAAUGUGGUCUGUUUGAUUGGUAUAUAAACCCCGUAUGUUUGAAAUAAAUGAUUCAUAUUGCAGAGGCUGAGAUUGGUGUUCUGGAAUUAACUAGCUGAGCUAAGCAGGAAGCAGGACUAAUAAGGACUCUAGACUGCUCGUACGUGUUUAUGCGUCAUCGGUCCGAUCGAUAAACUACUGUUCUCUAAUUGGCGGUAUCAUUACCUUAUGCAUUGACAGGGCACACAGGCCACAAGUUAUAAGAGUUACUCAACUCCUAUGGGAUUUUCGUUUUACUAAACAACGCAGUAACUUUGAAUAAAGUUUAUAUCUUCCGAAGACAAUUUAGAGUGUAGGGUACUCAAUAGAAUAACUAGGAACUGGUUGAAAUACCAACAUAACUUUGUGUAAUGGUAUACUUUAUUUUAAAAGUUGCCUAUUGAAGAUAAACAGUGAAUUAUAACUUCAAGUACAAUUAAAUCCGUCACUGAAACAAUCGUAACUAACCAACUUCAUAUUACAAUUUGUUAGCGAUAUAUGUGAUCCUAAUCAAAGAAUGAGUAUACUGAGCAUCAGCUCAUUCUGUUCUACAUUAUGAUUAUUAGAUAUUAGCUUCAAAAUUAGAGGUUAUUUCUACAUUACUAGUGUACUUGAUCAUUGAUGGCUUAAAAGCAUUUCUCAUGUAUAUUGGGACCAUCGAGUGAACAAUACCAAGAUUAGAUGAUGGGUACUUACUAAAGAGAACAAAUUCU